UCAAAUCACUUAGUAAUUUUUUACUAAAUAUAUUCUACACGCCAAACUGUAUAGUCAGUGACAAUAAAAGCUUUUUUGGAUACUCAAGUCUUUAUAUAUACCCAAAAUCAAGCAGUCUUUCUCUUAUUGUGAAAACACUUCUAAAGUGAAAAAUAUAUGGCAAAAACCUGUGUUUUUAAUAAAAAAGCUCUGUUCUUUGCAACAAUAUUUCUUCUCUUCCACGGAAGCAUUGCAAAAAAAGUGAAAAAGAAUGAUGGUAUUGGGUUAGAAGAAUGGGGUUAUGUUGAAGUUAGACCAAAAGCACACAUGUUUUGGUGGUUAUACAAAAGUCCCUACAGAGUAGAACAUCCAAACAAGCCUUGGCCAAUAAUCCUAUGGCUUCAAGGUGGUCCUGGAGCUUCAGGAACUGGAAUUGGGAAUUUCCAAGAGGUUGGACCAUUGGAUACAAAUUUAAAAUCUAGAAAUUCAACAUGGUUGAAGAAAGCAGACCUUCUCUUUGUUGAUAAUCCAGUAGGAACAGGGUAUAGUUAUGUGGAAGACAAAAAUAUGGUAGUAAAAAGUGAUGAAGAAGCAGGAGAUGAUCUGACAACAUUAUUGAAAGAGAUAUUUAACAAGAAUGAGAAGUUGCAGAAGAGUCCAUUGUAUGUUGUUGCAGAAUCUUAUGGCGGUAAAUUUGCUGUUACUCUUGGUUUAUCUGCCCAUAAAGCCAUCAUAGCUGGCCAAUUGAAGCUCAAGCUUGGAGGUAUUGCCCUUGGAGAUAGUUGGAUUUCUCCCGAAGAUUUUGUUUUUUCAUGGGGGCCUCUUCUUAAAGAUGUUGCAAGACUUGAUGACCAGGGAUUUCAACAAGCUAACAGUUUAGCGAAGGAAAUUAAGCAGCAAGUAGACAAGGGACAAUAUGAGGAUGCGACAAAUACAUGGAGUGCACUAGAGAGUGCAAUUAGCUCUGGUAGUAAUUCUGUGGAUUUUUACAACUUUCUACUGGAUUCUGCACUGGACCCACUUACUACAACUACUACAACCACAGCAACAAAUGUAGCAUUAUCACAAAAGCUAGCGUUUGGGAGAUACUCAAACUACCUUACUUCUUUAAUGAGUUUUCCUGCUGGCAAUGGAGGUGAUCUUUCUGCUUUAAUGGAAGGUCCUGUAAGAAAGAAGCUCAAGAUUAUCCCCGAACAUGUGACGUGGGGAGGCCAAGCUGACCUCGUUUUUUCAGCAUUACAAAGUGAUUUUAUGAAGCCUAAGAUUGCUGAGGUUGAUGAGCUGCUUUCUAAAGGUGUUAGUAUCACUAUCUAUAAUGGACAACUUGAUGUCAUAUGCUCGACUAAAGGAACUCAGGCAUGGGUAGAGAAGCUCAAGUGGGAAGGUCUAAAGAAUUUUCUAAAUGAGGGUAGGACACCCCUAUACUGUGAAAAUGACGAGGGAACAAAAGGAUUCAUGAGGUCCUACAAGAAUUUGCAUUUCUAUUGGAUUCUUGGAGCUGGACACUUUGUACCGCUGGAGCAACCAUGUGUUGCAUUAAAGAUGGUGGGUAACAUAACGCAGUCGCCUGCUACUUUGAAGACGUAUCAGUAAGCAACAGCAAGAUACAUCAGAUAAAUUCGUACACUUUAGUCUAUAUUACUACUACACAUUAUUGAUAUGAGUGAACUAGUGAAAGUCAAAUUUAGGAAUUUAAUGUACAGAUGUUGAGUUGUCAAAAAUCAACAGAUUUCAGGGAAGAAAAAAAAAAGAAAGAGUUUGUAUUCUGGUGAAAGCUAAAAUAAUUUAGAACUUGUCAUUUUUCCGGAAAAAAUUGUACUCUAGCUGAUGUUCUUACAGAAAAUAAGAGAAAGGGAGACCAAAAAAUGAAAAAGGUGCAAGUCUGCAACUUGGUCCAAUUACUUUGUUUGUUA